AUGUUUUAUUCAGAGGCUAUAUUAUCAAAAAAGGGUCCCCUCGCGAAAGUAUGGCUCGCGGCACAUUGGGAACGAAAACUUAGUAAAACUCAGUUUUUACAAACGAACAUACAGACUUCUGUAGGUGCGAUUCUUGGAGAUGAUCAGCCUCCAAUGGCUCUACGAUUAUCUGGACAGUUGUUGCUUGGAGUCGCGCGCAUAUAUUCGCGUAAAGCGAAAUAUCUAUUAGAAGAUUGUAAUGAGGCUCUUUUGAAAAUAAAAAUGGCAUUUAGACCCGGGGAAGUUGAUAUUCCCGAGGACCAAAGAAUUGCCAGUUUUGAAUCUAUUACAUUACCUGAUAAUAUAACAGAAUUCGAUAUCCUUAUGCCAGAUCUUGGUUUGCAUCUUAGACAAUGGACUGAAAUAGCUCCGGUUUCAUGUUCAAAUAUUUCUCGACCCCAAGACAUCACCAUUAGGGACGAUUUUGAAUUGCCAUUAGAUUUAAAUGUUGUUGAUGAUUUAUUAGGAGAUGCUGAUGAUCGAGACUUUGAUUUGAAUUUAGAUGAUGAUGAUCUCGACCAGAAAGCAACUGGCAAAGAUGAAAUAGGAUCUCAUAGUCAUGAAGGAGAUGAAUCCAUUUCAGAAAUUGAAAUUGCAAGAGACGCUCAAAAAGAGGCCCCACUUACCGCGGAAGACGUUAUUGGUAAAAGUAUGGAGAACGACCCGUUGAUGAUAAUGGAUGAUGGGCCCGAGUUACGUCUAGACCUUGAUAUGGAUCUUGAUAUGGAUUAUACGCUAACAAAUGAUACAAGCUUGACUAAAAAUUUUGAGGACACUAAUGAACAUGGGAAUGUGGAUGGAAUGGAUAUUGAUGUUCCAGUAAAUUUCGACGAAAACAGCAUCAUUCAAGAUAAUUUGGAAGGUCCAAUUUUUUCACCAGCGUCUCAAAAAAGUGCAGAGAGACAAGAAGAUAACCUUCAAGAUACCCAAAGUCUUCAGGAUCCUCAGGAAACUCAGGACCUCACGGAACUCCAAGAACCUCAGGAGUCUCCACAAGAACUUCAAGAACAAGAGCGAGUCCUUCCGCCACGUACACAAGUUCGUAGGAAACGAAGGCUGAUGGUGUUGGACGAAGUAACCGAGCUACCUAAUCGACAUAUUAAAAGUCAAAUAGACGAUACAUCAGAUAUUUGCAUCGAGUCAUCGUAUCUUCCCAUUUCAAGAAAAUUAUUACGGUUGGCGGAAAUCCGCCAAAUGGGAGCUUGGUAUUUUCUUGAUUUAACCGCUCCACAUAAUAUUCGGCCCGAGUUACGUUAUCUCUUUGCUCGAAAACGUCAAAGAGUAUCUAAAGAUAACGAUGCGCAACCAGGUCCAUCAGGGACAUCGUUAAACAUUGAUACAGAUACAUUCAAUAAUAAUGAUGACUCUUUACCUAAUUAUGUCCCAGAAGCACCUAACUUUGAUAAAGAAACAACGCAAGAUGUUGAUGUCUCGGAGCAAACAAAAGAGAAAGAUCUCACACAGGAUAAAAUCACAACGCCGUCAGAACAUGAAUUUGACAAUCACUUUGAUAACUUCGAAAAUGAUAUCAGUACAAGUCCAACUGAAGGCUUACCGAACAUCCCAAAUGUGACAACCAUUUUUGACCAAGACGAGCCACAAGAUCAACAAAAUACCGGUAACUCGUUUAGUAGAAAUACGGUCAAGGCGAUGCGACUUUUGAAGAGCAAAUGCCUUAAGCAAGAUGAUGCAACAAGUUCUACAAAACCAAAACAAACAAUAUUGAGCUUUGAAGGUGCUGUGGGAACGGCAAAGCGACAAGAUGCAGUGAAAUUAUUUUUUGAAUUAUUGGUAUUAAAUACAAAAGACGUAAUUCAUGUACAACAAAAGCAUGCAUAUGGAGAUAUUGCAAUUGUAUGCAAGAAGUAA